CUUCUGGAGUGCUGAAGGUUGCCUAACUGUGUUCGUGUUCUGACUUUUUUUUUUUUUUUUUAAACAUCUGGGGUUUGCUCUACUCAGUAUAGCAGAGGCUCUCUUACAAGAGACCUACUAAAAGGAAUGACAAUGCCACUGCUAAGGUCUAUGGGCAGUUAUUCCGUUAAGUAGGUCCCUCUUACAGGAUAGUAUAAACAAAAGUAGGAAAUAAUGAGAUAAUAUGAAUUCUCCAUCAUAUAUCAGGCAUUGUUGAAACAAAAUAUAAAUAAAUAAGAAACCUGUAAAAACACGUUCAUUACACUAUGAGACAUUAAAAGGUUAUUAGCCAUCAAAAUGGCUGCCACCAUUCCUCCCAUCAGUUUCAUCUCCUUUCCAACGGCUGCAAAGCACAGUCCCGCACAAAAGCGCGCGAGGCCACCUUCCAACCAACGGUCCCUUACAGCAGCCAAUGAGAGCACACGUUGGAGAGACGCGGCAUGGUCACUCCCACUUCCGGUUAACACGGUCGGAAGAGAUUGACGAAGGCCUUUGUGACGUAAGGAGCACGACCUGCAGUCGCUUUCUCUCUCCCCUUCCCUCUGUUUGAGACGACCCGGCCCAGUUAUUAAGAAGGCCGAAUCCAGGUCUCAAAUCAAAUCAUUUCGACUUGGUGUGAAAGCAGACGGAGCCGCUAUGGAUACCUCCCAGCUGUGCAAGUUAUUUAUCGGAGGGCUUAACGUGCAGACUUCCGAAGAGGGCCUGCGGGAGCACUUCGAGACCUACGGACAGCUUACCGACUGUGUGGUGGUGGUGAACCCGCAAACCAAACGCUCCCGGUGCUUCGGCUUCGUCACGUACUCCAAUGCCGAAGAGGCAGACGCAGCCAUGGGAGCCUCCCCGCAUGUGGUGGACGGCAGCAAUGUCGAGCUGAAGCGCGCCGUCUCCCGGGAGGACUCGGUGAAGCCCGGAGCCCACGCGAAGGUGAAGAAGCUCUUCAUCGGCGGCCUGAAGGAGGGGGUCGACGAAGACGACUUGUUCCAGCACUUCUCACAGUUCGGCAAGGUGGAGAAAGCCGAGAUCAUCGCUGACAAAACGUCCGGCAAGAAACGCGGCUUCGGGUUUGUCUACUUCGAGGACCACGACUCUGCCGACAAGGCCGCCGUGGUCAAAUUCCACCCAAUCAACGGGCUCCGCGUGGAGGUGAAGAAAGCGGUACCGAAGGAGGACAUUCAGUCCGGCCCCUCUAAGACUUUCCGCGGUGGCAGAGGAGGAGGAGGAGGCGGCGGGAGAGGCCGCGGUGCCGGCAGCGGAGGAUCCCGAGACCUCAAUGGCAUUCCCGGUGGCGGCAAAGGCGGGUUCGGAGGUUACGGUGCUCCCAGCCAGAGCUACAGCAUGUACGGGGGAUACGGCGAGCAAGGCGGAGGAGGAGGAUACGGUAAUGGCUACAAUAGCUUCGGCAGUUACACUCAGCACCCGUCAUCGUACGGCCCCAUGAAAACGGCCGGAAACAGCGGCAGCUGGGGGCGCAGUAGCAGCAGUGCAGGCCCUUACCGAGGGGGCUAUGGGGGUGGGGGCUACGGCAGCGGAGGCUACGGUGGAGGAAAUUCUUAUGGUGGCGGCGGCUCGUUUUAAAGAUCGGGCCGGGGUAAAAAUGGGAGAACGCAAAGUAGACUGACUCCAUUUUUUUAAAAAAAAAUCUCUUCUUUUUUGUUUGUCACGUGGGACUAUUUGAACCUUGGUCGUUUUUAUACUUAGUGCAGACUGAAACUACAAGUUAGUAGUGGGAAAAAAAAUACACAUCUGCCCAUAUUUGACUUUUUUUUAUCCUUAAACCCUGAAAGGUGAUGAAAACAAGAGGGAGUUUAAUUUGUGAAAGUUUCCCUUUUUUGUUUUGUUUCUCCAUUAAUGUAGCCUGUCUGGCUCCUUACAUAAUACAACUUUAUUGUACAUCGUUUUGCCUUUUUAAAUAAAUCAUUGUUUAUGACUUCAGGUCUAAUACACUUUUUUAUUCUUGUUUCUCACGAUCCUAAUCAUUCAUAGAUUGUAGGAAAGUUUGCUGAAGCUGAAUGUUGAUGUAUCAGUGUGUUUACCCUCAUUUUUCUUGUUCCAUGAUAAAAAAAAAUUCAUGUUCACUCACUUGAUAAUGGUUUUACUGUAGAAAUUACCUGUAUAUGGCAAUUGUAGUCACAGCGGGGAAUAAAAAUAACGUGUACAGGAUAAUCUAUAAACUGGAAAUCCAGAACAAAAACUAAUGGUACAUGUUUUUUUUCUGUGGUUCCUUCUUAUUACGAAGUUUUCAGGGUUUAAUGAUAUAUAUUUUUUGUUAGCCAACCGUGGUGUGCUUUACUGUGGAAGUGGACCUUGUAUGUGUUAAUGCAUAGAAAGUGCAGCCUGCCUGCUCCCCAUAUAGAAGGGUCACUCCAUUGCGCAAAUAAACAAUAUUUA